UUGUUGGGGGGGACUGAACCCGGAGCCAAAACGUUUCUUGUGAAGGCGAGGAGGGAGCUGCCGCUUAGUUUUUUUUUUCUGUGUGUGUGUGACUAAAACGGCAGCACCUUACGAGUUGAGACAAAAGGAGGAAAACCGUGUUCUGUGACAUCCGAAAAGGAGGAAAGGGCCCUGCCGUGAAGUUAAAGCAAACAGACAAAGGAAAAUUCCCCCGUACUCGUCACCCCCACCUGCCACACCGCUUUGGGAAACGCAACCUCGCCAAAAUCCUCCAUCGUUUCAGACCUUAUAAUUAUCUCCGGGGGAGAUACUGAGUGGGGCUGUUUGAACAGUGAUACAGGAUUCUGUGAUUGGACUUGGAAACAUGACAAGCGUCCGCACUGGAGCAGCUAAGGAGGCAUUAUGCAAGCUGGAGUGCUGAGGAGCUCUCUUGCCUCUUCACUUGUUGAUCCCAACAAUCAAAUUUGCUCAUGAGGUCAGCGAGUAGCAUCCAGUCCCAGAAGCAACCAUGCCCGUCUGCUAAGUGCCUUUAACCCGUUGGCACUUGUGUCAUGACCAGCCUGAAGCGCCCACCAAUGGAGUGUACGGUUGGGGGCUCCAUCCCUGCCACUAACGAGUUUUACACCGGGCGUCUUCGGCCAGUUAAUGGAGGGGCUUUGCCGGCCCGCUCAGACAACUACCACGCCGGUGUGACCACAGGAGUGCCUAAAAUGGGUGUCCGGGCUCGGGUGGCCGACUGGCCCCCGAGAAAAGACCUUCCAGGUUCUCAGUGGCUCUCAGACUCUGGAGCCGGCGUCCCGUCUGUUAUCAAAGGUCACAUUAAGUUAGGUUCUGUUCUGAGCCCUCAGGACUCCUCUAUGCUACGUAACAUCCAUAACUCCCUGAGGAACCGAACCCACGCGCCGCCUAACAGCUACAGCCCCGACGGCCGUUACCUGGCCCCAGGAGACUACAGAGGUCCUGCACACAAAAACCCACGACAGAGGCGCGUCCGUCAGCGCAGCAACAGCGACAUGGCCAUCAGCGAGAUGGAGGGCAGCGGAGACAGCGGCGAAGACUGGGCGCCGUCGGCAGCAGCUAAAUGGUCCCCUCUUCACCGGGAAUAUGGCAGCACGUCGUCAAUAGAUCAGCACGGAAUAGCUAAGGACAGCUUUUUUGAAAUGCUGAAAGGUUAUCAAGAGGAUAAAGCCGACCAGCGCAGCCCUGCUCCGGAAAACCUAGAGGACAUUCUCAAUGUGGGGAUAAAGCUUCAGGAGCUUCAGGAGGACGUCCCUGACGGACAUCUGCUGAGACCCAGAGACAGGGACAAGCCUCCAAAAAGACGCACCAAGUCCGAAACGGGAGGGGAGUCUAUAUUCCGGAAGCUUAAGAGCGUACGAGGUGAGUUGGACUCUUCGAGAGCCGGUUCUGAUGUGGAGGACAGUCGGACGGAGGACACAGCCCCCCCUCCUAAACCCUGGGUGUGUCAGAAAGGCUUCGCCCACUACGACGCUCAGAGCAUCCUCUUCGACCUCAACGAAAUUACCCAGCUUCGACAGACUGCAGGGAAGAGGAUAAACACCACCACCGGGGCGUCCGCUGCCGCCGUAGCCUCCGCCACCUCCACUCUCUCAUCCACCCACAGCCUGCCUUACAGCUCCCCCAGCGGCAGCCAAGAAGAGCUCAGCUCCAGAGACAGCCCAAGCUUGGACGCCGGCGACGAGCAGAGCAACGAAAUGCUGCUGAGCUGCCCCUGCUUCCGCAACGAGAUCGGCACGGAUGGGAACGGGUGGCGCCGGCUGGGACUGGGUGGGGCAGGGUACCCCGGACUUGUGGGUGGAGGAACGGGCAGCAGUAGCUCGGGGACCCUGAAGGGAGAAAGUCAUUUGUAUGAAACAUCUUUGAGCACACACUGCACUAACGCUGGAGUAGCGGUUCUCGAGGGACCGAAGGAGGGACCGAGCGGCGUCAGCGAAAAGGGAAAACAGUACAUCGUGGAACACGUGGACCUGGGAGCCUACUACUAUAAAAAGUUUUUCUACCAUAAAGAGCACUGGAACUACUUCGGUAUAGACGAGGCUCUGGGUCCAGUGGCUGUGAGCCUGCGCAGAGAGAAGCUGGAGGAGGAAAAAGAGCGAGGGCAGCAGUACAACUACCGCAUCAUCUUCAGAACAAGCGAGCUGACAACUCUUAGAGGUUCUAUACUGGAGGAUGCAGUGCCUUCUACCUCCAAACACGGGACCACCCGAGGUCUGCCCGUCAAAGACGUACUGGAGUACCUUCUCCCAGAGCUGGAUCUGUCCUGCCUCAGACUGGCCCUCAACACUCCCAAAGUCACAGAGCAGCUGAUGAAGCUGGAUGAACAAGGGCUAAGUUUUCAGGUGAAGGUGGGCGUGAUGUACUGCCGAGCGGGACAAAGCACAGAGGAGGAAAUGUACAACAACGAGACCGCCGGUCCCGCCCUGGAGGAGUUCCUCCAGCUGCUGGGGGAGAAGAUCCGCCUCAAGGGUUUCACCAAGUACAGAGCCCAGCUGGACACCAAAACGGAUUCAACUGGUACUCACUCCCUGUACACUUCCUACAAGGACUAUGAGAUCAUGUUUCAUGUUUCCACAAUGCUGCCUUACACACCCAACAACAAACAACAGCUGCUAAGGAAGCGCCACAUAGGGAACGACAUUGUGACCAUUGUGUUCCAGGAACCGGGAGCUCACCCUUUCACGCCCAGAGCCGUGCGGUCUCACUUUCAGCAUGUCUUCAUCAUCGUUCGAGUGCACAACCCCUGCUCUGACAGCACAUGCUACAGCGUGGCUGUCACCCGUUCCCAGGACGUUCCCUCCUUCGGUCCACCGAUCCCAAAGGGAGUUACCUUCCCUAAGUCCACUGUCUUCAGGGAUUUCUUGCUCGCCAAGGUCAUCAACGCCGAGAACGCGGCCCACAAGUCAGAAAAGUUCGGCGCCAUGGCGACGCGCACGCGGCAGGAGUACUUGCGGGAUCUGGCGGAGCGUCACGUCACCAACACGCCCGUGGAGCCCGCCGGGAAGUUUCCCUUCAUCUCUCUGGCACACAAGCGUCGAGAGAAGGUGCGUCCGUACAGCGGGGCGGAGCUGCGCAGCCUCGGCGCGAUCACCUGGCAGGUCUACGCCGAAGAUCAGGUAGCGGGUGCUGAACGGGAAUGCCUGCUGGCCAUUUCGAAUGAUUUCAUCAUCCUGCUGGAUCAGGAGGCCAAAGCAGUUGUGUUCAACUGCGCCACCCGUGACAUCAUUGGCUGGUCGACCGGGAGCCCCGCCUCCCUGAAGAUCUACUACGAGCGUGGAGAGAGCGUAUCGCUUCGAUCCAUCAACAACAACACUGAGGACUUCGGGGAAGUUGUCAAAAGACUGGAGCUGUUGACCAAAGGCAGUCAGACCACAGAGAUGACUUUGCGCCGGAACGCCUUGGGCCAGCUGGGCUUUCAUGUCAACUUUGAGGGUAUCGUAGCCGAAGUGGAGCCCUACGGGUUCGCCUGGCAGGCUGGGCUGAGGCAGGGCAGCCGACUGGUGGAGAUCUGCAAGGUGUCGGUGGCCUCGCUGUCCCACGAGCAGAUGAUUGACCUGCUCAGGACCUCCGUCACCGUCAAGGUGGUCAUCAUUCCCCCGCACGAGGACUCCACCCCACGCAGAGGCUGCUCUGAAAUCUACCACAUGCCACUUGUGGACUACAAGAACCACAAAGAAGGCAUGCCAUAUGAGCUGAAGUUCCCUUUCCGGCCAACAAACAACAACACAAAGUGGCCGCGCAGCUCAUCCAGCCCUCGCGCUGCUGCCUCGGGGGGAACCUUGAUCAAGGCGGCGACCUCGGACACCAGUGACCGCAACAGCGCCGCUAUUCCCCGCAGUGUGUCGAGCGACGGUCGGCCUCUCAACCCUAAAAGAUUUUCCCCAGGCAAUGACAACUACGCUCUUGCCUGCUCCAUCGUGAUGGGUCGCACGCUGCACAGCACAAACUCGCCCUCCAGCCUCUCCUACACAGACACAAUGAGUUCGAACCACUGGAGGCAGAAGGCUGUGCCUGAUGGGUUUAAUAACAACUGCCAGUCGACUGUCACGUCUGUGCGGCAGGCGACCGGUGACGGUGUCAAUGGAGUCAAAGCAUGUUCUGCCGUUGGCUGGUCCAGACCCGGGGAGGGCGAUGCUGCAACCAGGCUGGGAGACAAAAACAGCUCAGAUACUGUGGUUUCAAAGGUGGUGAUCCCUCGUCUCCAGCCAUCAGAUCAGAGCAGCCACCUGUCACCGAACAAGAACAUCAAGGCUGAUGCUCCGUAUUCAUCCGGCCACUCCAGUAGCAACACUCUGUCCAGCAACGCCUCCAGCUCGGCGCACAGCGACGAGAAGUGGUACGAAGUCGGCUCGCGAUCCGGAGCACGGAGCGACCUGGAGCUCAACGGCUACCUUCAGGGCACGUCCACCGACAGCGGCAUCGACGCCACCUCUUUUACCGCCACCCAGAGCAGCACGGCCUCCUCCACCGGUGCCUUCAGGUCCAAGGAAAAAAUCCCAUGGCAGGACGAGGCAGGGAGCUGUGAGAGAGCGUCCAGCACGUCGCCUCCAACACCGGACUCUCUUGCUCCCACUGGAGGGAGCGAGGUAUCAGUGAAGAGCACAAUCAGCUUUACAGUCGGUCCUGAUGGCGCCCCCUACAGUCUGAGUGACGCAGCGUCCCACUCCAGCACAAUAAGCUCCGGUCACUCAGGGAGUCCGAUGGGACAGGGCUGCAGCGCCUCGUCGCCGCAGAGCGAAGCUGCCGCAGCGGACCUCUCACCCACAUCCCAGGACGGCCAGUCCCCGGGAACCAAGAGCUUCUAUCCUCGUCAAGGAGCGACCUCAAAGUAUCUGAUUGGCUGGAAGAAGCCUGGAGGAACUGUGAACUCUGUGGAUUUCAGCAGCACUCGCAAGAGGCACCAGAGUGACUGUCUGCUUGGUGGUCAGCCCCAGCUCAGGGCCAAUCUCCGCGGCUCCCAGUCGCCCCAGCGCCAGACUGUCAAAUCCAGCCUGGAGGAAGAUCUGAAGAAGCUGAUCACACUUGACAGCCCACCACCUAAAACAAAUGAAGAGAAGCCGUUAUUCCCAGGCCCCCCGCCCAGCCGUCGAUCCCUUCAGAGGACGCUGUCAGAUGAGAGCAUUUACAGCGGACAGAGGGAGUCCACCUCCAGCGCACAGUUUGACACAUCCGCUGACCUCCUCUUCACCUGCUCCACCAUCCCACGCUCACCUACCGCCCGACAUGGUGCAGGUCGACGGGCAUCACACAAAUCUCUUGGAGACUUGACUGCCCCUGAGAGCUCAGAGCUGGAACAGGAGAAGAAGAAGCAGCAGCAGCAGCUGCAGGAUCCUGCUCUCAUGCCCCUACCUGACAACGGAGCCGAUGGCCCGCUGGACUGGGAACACCUGGUUGAUGCCGCCAAGGCGUUUGAGGGUAAGUUUACGUGUCCUUCCUGUCCGACAUCAGAAAAGCUCCAUGUUGAUUAACUGACUGAAGAACAU